CUAGCUGAUGCCCGGGCUUCCCUGUUAUGAUGCCGUCACGCACCAACCUGACCGCUGGGAUUCCCAGCAGCAAAGUCAAGUAUUCCAAGCUCGCCAGCACCGAUGACGGAUACAUUGACCUGCAGUUCAAGAAGAGCCCACCAAAAAUCCCCUACAAGGCCAUCGCGCUGGCCGUUGUGCUCUUCAUGAUUGGGACCUUCCUCAUCAUCAUCGGAGCCCUCCUCCUGGCGGGGUACAUCAGCAAAGGGGGAACGGACCGCGCCAUCCCCGUGCUCAUCAUCGGCAUCCUCGUGUUCCUCCCCGGCUUCUACCACCUGCGGAUCGCCUACUACGCUUCCAAGGGCUACCGGGGCUAUUCCUACGACGACAUCCCGGAUUUCGACGACUGAACCGCGCUCCA